AUGAAUUCAGAACCUUCCAGUAUUAACAUCAAUAAUGAUAUAAAUAAUCUAAAUAAAACAAUUCAUAAAUCAAGGUUUAAUGAAAAUCCAGAAGAAAAUGCCAGUUUCUUAUCGAUAUUUACAUAUAGGUUUAUGAAUCCUCUAAUGAAGAUCGGUGUGAAUAAACCUUUGGAAUUUGAGGACCUCUACCCUAUUAGAAAUAAAAGUAGCGCCAAUUAUCUGAUAGACAAAUUCGAGGCUCUAUGGAAAGCUGGAAAAGAUUUUCAUGGUGGUCCAAACAAUACAAAUUCCAAAUCUUUGGUGGGAACUCUAAAUUCCCAGUUUGGUCGACAAUAUCAUUUUUCUUUUCUAUUUAAAUUUAUAGCUGAUGCAAGUGAAUAUAUUUAUCCAUUCAUGAUAUAUAAAAUUUCAAAUUAUAUUCAAGAUCCAACUGAACCAACUUGGCACGGUCUGAUAUAUUCAGGAUUAUUUAUGUCGGCUUAUUUAAUAAAUACAUUUUUUAUUAAUCAUUGGGAGUAUAGAGUAUAUACGGUUGGAUUUAAUGUAAAAUCAACAUUGGUAGCUGCUAUUUAUAAGAAAUCUCUUUUGAUUUCGAAUUCAGUAAGAGAAAAAGAAAAUAAAGGAAAAGGAAAUACAUUGAAUUUGGUUUCAAUGGACGUCGACAAAGUUGAGGCACUAAUUCAAGAUUUCCAAUAUAUUCAAUCAGCUCCACUUCAAAUCAUUGCUUCCUUUAUAUUGCUAUUUAGGUUGCUAUCUUGGAGUGCACUGAUAGGAUUCGGUUCACUUCUUGUGGUUUUGCCACUUAACUACUAUCUAUCAAAGAAGGAAUUUGAAAUUGAAGAUGAAGUUAUGGAGAGAAAAGAUAUAAGAACAUCUAAAGUAACAGAGGCAAUCAAUAGUAUUAGAGUAUUGAAAUUCUAUGGUUGGAUCAAUUUAAUGUUUAAUAAAAUAAUGGGGUUGAGAGAUUCCGAAGUCAAAGAAAUGAAGAGAUUGAAUAUUUAUACUUCUUCUCUAUAUUUAUUUUGGUCAUUAAUACCCGACUUGGUUACAGUCACCACCUUUUGCGCCUAUACUUUAUUAGGAAAUCGAUUGGAAUUGUCGACUAUUCUAUCAUCUCUUACAUUAUUCUUCAUUUUAAGACUUCCAUUAAGUUUACUACCUCAUUUAUUCUCAAAUAUAUCAGUAGGAUUUGUUUCGAUUAAAAGAAUUCAAGAGUUUCUCUUGAAUGAAGAGUUACAAGAACCAAAAAAAACAUUGGCUGGAUCUACAUUCUAUGGUGAAAUUGAUUCAGAAUUCGAAUCAAAUAAUAUUGCAGUUUCAAUCAAUAAUGCAACAUUCCAAUGGAAUUUUGUUAAUCUUAGUGGUGAUGAUGACGACGAUGACGGUGAAGAAAGUGAUGGAACCACUGAUAAGAAUAUUGGAAAGAUAGAGUUGAAGAAUAAAAAGAAGAAAGAAGAAAAGAAACUAUUGCUAAUCAAUGAUGAUGAAGAGGGUGACCAAAGUGAAGAAGACGAAGAAAUCGAUGAAACCAGUGGUAUGGAAGAUACAUUCGUGUUGAAGGAUAUCAAUUUGGAUGUCAGCAUCGGAGAGUUGGCAGUGGUGAUUGGACCAGUUGGAAGUGGAAAGAGCAGUUUACUUUCAUCUCUGCUUGGUGAUUUGAAAUUGAUCAGUGGUGGUUGUGCACUCCAAGGAAACAUUGCAUAUGUCAGUCAGUUGCCAUGGAUCAUGAAUGGUACACUUCGUGACAAUAUCUUGUUUGGAAAAGAAUACGAUCAACAAAAGUAUCAGAACAUAUUGGAAAUCUGUGAAUUAUUGGAUGAUCUGGAGUUAUUACCAAAAGGAGAUAUGAGUGUGAUUGGAGAGAAAGGAAUCAAUCUUUCAGGUGGUCAAAAACAAAGAGUGUGUAUUGCUCGUGCAUUGUAUCAUGAUGCAGAUAUCUACCUUCUCGAUGAUCCAUUGGCAGCACUGGAUAUUCAUGUUGCACAAAAGAUAUUCAAGAAUGCAAUUCUCCCAAUGAUCCCAAAGAAGACAGUAAUCUUGGUUUCUCAUCAAAUGUAUCCAUUGGAAUUCUCAGACAAGAUUGUCACAAUGAACAAUGGUGUCAUUGAAAACAUUUGCAAAUAUGAAGAGAUGUCAAGAGAAACAUGGGAAGUUUAUCAAUUCCAAAAUCAAAAUGCCAAGAAAGAGAAAGAUGAAGAAGAGAAAGAUGUGGAAGAAGAAGAUGACGACGAGGAAGACGAUGAUGAUGAAGAUGAUUUGAUUCUCGAAGAAGAUAGAAAUAUUGGAAAAAUAUCAUACAAACAAUAUUUUGCUUAUUUCAAGCAAAUUGGUGCAUUCUAUUUGACAAUAUCAAUAGUAUUGGGAUUUACGGAACCUAUUGCCUCUACCUUCGGAAACUACUGGCUGACCAGAUGGUCUGAUGAAUGGCAGAAAAAUAUUCACAAAUCGCUUUGGUACUAUCUUGGAAUCUACUUUGUAUCUGCAGUUAUUAGAUCGGCAUGUGUAUUUGGCUCUACGCUUGCAAAUACAUUUGGUGGUUUGGCAGCAAGUCAACAGUUCCACAAACGAGCACUUACCAAAGUUUUAAAUUCACCAGUUCAGUUCUUUGACCAAAAUCUCUCUGGUCGUAUUAUCAACCGUUUCAGUAAGGAUAUCUACAGUCUCGAUGCCAAUAUCGCUAUUUACAUUGGUGAUGCCAGAGAUUCUCUAUUGAAUUCAAUCUCAGUCAUUGUGAUGAUUGCAAUUGCUAGUCCAGCGGUGUUGAUCCUUCUCCUUCCGAUUGGAAUUGCAUUCUAUUUCAUUCAGAAAUGGUAUUUAAAUAAUGCUCGUGAAAUUCAACGUUUGGCAUCGCUAUCACUCUCACCUGUAUUGACCCACUUCUCAGAGACACUAACCGGUCAGAAUGUUAUUCGUUCUUUUGGUGCCAGACAACGAUUCAUCAACACAAUGAACGAAAGAAUCGACUUGAAUGUCAAUUGUAACCUCUACGAAGAAUUCAUUGCACAAUGGGCAAAUCUUAGACUUGGUCUGCUCUGCAUUUUAGGUCAUAUCUCAGAAGCAUUGAUUGGAUUGGCACUCAGUUAUUCAAUUACACUGUCUGGUGAAUUGAAUUGGACAUUCAUGCAAAUGAGCUAUGUCGAAACACAAAUGAAUAGUGUUGAAAGAUUACAACAUUAUUGUGAUCUAGAGACAGAAAAGUUGGAAGGUAAAGAGACACCCAGCUGGCCACAGAACGGAAGAAUCAGAUUCAAGAACUUCUCAAUGAGAUACAGACCAGAGCUGCCACCAUCAUUGAACGAUAUCAAUCUUGAAAUUGAAGCAGGUUCAAAAGUUGGAAUCUGUGGAAGAACUGGUGCUGGAAAGAGUUCACUUCUCUUGGCAUUGUUCAGAUUGGUCGAAGCUGAUUCUGGUCAUAUCGAAAUUGACAAUGAGAAUAUCGAUCAAGUUGCACUUCAAGACCUGAGAAGCAAGAUGUCAAUCAUUCCACAAGAUCCUGUUCUUUUUGCUGGAACUCUCAGAUAUAAUUUAGAUCCGUUCAGCACUGCCACCGAUGCCCAAUUGUGGGAAGUCAUUGAACGUGUUCACCUCAAAGAGAAGAUCAAAUCACUUGAUUGUCUGACAACUGAAUGUGUUUGGCAAAGAGCAUUGAUCAGAAAAUCAAAGAUCAUUGCAUUGGAUGAAAGCACAGCAGCGGUCGAUCUUGAAACCGAUGCAGUCAUUCAAAAGAACAUCAGAGAGGAAUUCAAAGAUUCAACAGUGAUCACGAUUGCACAUCGUCUCAACACAAUUAUUGAUUAUGACAAGAUCGUUUUGAUGAGUGAAGGAAGAGUCAAACAAGUGGGUAAACCAUCUGAACUCAUCGAAUUGGUCGAGAAUUCUUCAGUUAAGCUAAAUACAGAUCAACAAGAUCUGCUAUAA